AUGGUGCAUUUUACUGCCGAGGAGAAGGCUGCUAUCACUGGCCUGUGGGGUAAAGUGAAUGUGGAAGAGGCUGGAGGCGAGGCUCUGGGCAGGCUCCUGGUUGUCUACCCCUGGACCCAGAGGUUCUUUGACAGCUUUGGCAACCUGUCCUCUGCCUCUGCCAUAAUGGGAAACCCCAAGGUCAAGGCCCAUGGCAAGAAGGUGCUGACUUCCUUCGGAGAAGCUAUUAAGAAUUUGGACAACCUCAAAGGUGCCUUUGCUAAGCUGAGUGAAUUGCACUGUGACAAGUUGCAUGUGGAUCCUGAGAACUUCAGGCUUCUGGGCAACGUGAUUGUGAUUAUUCUGGCUACUCACUUCGGCAGAGAAUUCACUCCUGAUGUGCAGGCUGCCUGGCAGAAGCUGGUGUCUGGUGUUGCCACUGCUCUGGCCCACAAAUACCACUGA